AUGCCCAUUCGCCAAGAAGUAUUUAAUUUUCUCUAUAAGCUCCAAAAUAAUGCUGAAAACCCAGAAACUGUGACAUCUGUGACUGCUUUACUUAAGCUGACAAUUUUAAAAAUCGUUUUUACCUCCCAGUUUGCAAGUAUUGCAUGAGAUCAAAAAUCGCCAAAUAAUUGAAAUUCUAUUGAUGCUUUUUGAAAUAUAAUUGGGUAUAUGAGAUUUGACAACAUUCUCUCGGAUCUUGGGAUUAUUGAAUGAUUUUUAUAUUUGGCUUUAAUAGUGGUAUGAUGCUAUUACAUAAUAUUACUCUCUUUAUAUUUUCUAUUAAGAGUCAGACAAAAAAUUCCCCAUUUAUUAUGAAAACUUGAAUCUGCUCUAAGAGCUCUUAUUUUUGAAUUUUGCUACAUCCCAAUCACUUUCUCAUUUAUUAUUUCAAUAAAAUAUCUGAUAUUUUAUUAUGAUAGAAAUAUGAAAGAAUACCAAAAUAAAAAACUAAAUCCUUCAAUGAUAAACUGUCUGCCAUUAUUUACUUUAACUGUGUUUUCGCUCAUGAUUUUUAAUUAUAUUUAUGAAAUAUUUAUUUAUGAGCAUCGGCACAGCUAUGCAAGCAGUAGUUCAUUGACAAAAGCCCAUUCUUACACUUCAAAAAUAAAAAUAAUUAGUUUUGACCUUAUUUUAUUUUACCUUGCAUUUUAUGAUCCUUUGAACAUAAUUUAUUUAACUCCCCCACCGUCCGUGAGCGAAAAAAGUCAUUAGAAAAAUCCCGUGAUGAACAAAAAAUUUGUUUAAUAUAAAAAUUUUUAUGAAAAAAAAUGGAUAUAUAAAUGAUAAUUAUUAUAACGAAACUCUAGCUAUCUGAUUAAUUUUAAAGAGCUUGCGCUAAAAAAUAUAAAUUUCGCAAAUUAAAGGAUUUUUUGUUUCUCAAUUUUUACAAAUUGGAAUUUUUUAAAUUUUGAAAAAUAUAUAAAUUUUGUACAAAAAAAUUAACCCCCUGUGAGCAAACAAAAAUUUUUUGUUUACUCACGGAGGGGGAGUAAGAGUUUUUCUAUUUUUAGCAGCAAGCUUGAAUGCUUUUGUGAGUGUGUAUUAUGCUGCAUACUUUAAUCAGAUUACAAAUUUCUUAGAUACUAGUAGCACAUUAUUUGUAUUGAUAACUUCGGUUUCCUUAAUAAUUGGGGAUAUUCAAAAUAGUCAGUCCACUGGACUUGUGCUAUUUUUAUUUUUAAAUCCAGUUUCUAUAUGUUUUUUGUAUAUUAUUACAAAAUUCAGGUAUUCAAAAUUAUCAAAGCAGGAUUUACAGAAACAAUGCAGAGAUAUUUAUGAAUUUGAGAGAGUAACCAGAUGUAUGCUAAUUGAUAAAAAAUCAGACAAAGACCAAGUUUUAGGGAUUUUUGCCAAUGCACAUGAAAACUAUCAGUUAAAUACUUCUAGAUUGCUAUCAAUAUGGGAAGCAGAAUAUUGCUUCUAUAUUCUUUAUGAUUCAAGAUUAGCAUCAAUAAGACUUGGCUGUCGAUAUCCUUGAAAAAAAUCUGGAUUUGAGGACGAAUAUUUAGAAUUUUGUCUUAGAAGCCAAUUAUUCAAUGAUCUUUUCAAGUAUCAAUAUGAUAUAAAAUUCCUCAUGAGGCUGGAAAAACUAGAGGACUGAAAGAAGCUUGAUAAAAAAUUUUGCAUUUCUUUAAAUCAAAUCAUUGGCUUAAUUUACACGAAUAAUUGUUCAAUACCAAAAAUAUACCCAGCAAUUAAAAUUAUGAAUGAUAAAUUUGAUAUUUUGAGAGAUGAUUAUAAAGAAAUUUCAAAGAAUAGCGAAGCAAAUCAGACAUUCUAUAGAAGCCUUAGUGAUAAAAGCGAAUUUGAAAACUCUGAUAGUAUAUUUAAAAAUAAUAAAAAAACACAAUUAGAUAUGAAUUCAGUUACUAAAAGAUAUAAUAAAGGAAAUUAUAAUGAAGAUACAAAUGGAAUAAUUAUAAUCAGUGGGUGCAGAGAAAAUAUCGGCGUUAUUUUGUAUGCGAAUCUAAAUGCAGCGAAAAUUUUAAGAGAAACUACUUAUGCUAUUUUGCUUAUUCCCCCCCCCUCCGUGAGUGAACAAAAAAAUUUUGUUCACUCACGGAGGGGGGUUAAUUUUUUUUUUUAAAAAAUUUAUAGAAAAUUUUAUAAAAAAUAUUUUUUUUCGAAAUUUAAAAAAUCUAAUUUGCAAAAAUUGAAAGCAAAUAUUAAAUUUUUUUGUAAAAUUUAUGUUUUAAAAAGCAAUUCAUUUAAAAUUAAACAGAAUUAGCUCUAGAUUUCAUUAUGCUAAUUAUCAUUUAUAUAUCAAUUUUUUUUCCAUAAAAUUUUUUGUAUUAAAAAAAUUUUUUGUUCACUCACGGAGGGUGGGUUUUUUGGCAAAAAAUAGCGAUUUUUCUAAUGGUUUUGUUCACUCACGGAGGGGGGGGGAGUUAGAAUAGCCCACUAAGAGACUUUUUUUAAUUAUCCCAAAAAUUUAUAUUUAAAAGAUCCUAAUUUGCUAUUGUUCAUUAUUUUGGCAAAUUAGUAUUACUUUUUUUUUUAAUACCCAAAAUAAGCCUCUUAGUUGGCUAUUAUAAGUAAAAAGUAUACAAUAUUAUUGACUCUGAUAUAAAUGAGUAUAUUCCUCAUCCUUUCAAUACUAAUCAUAAAGCAGCAGUCGAGAAUUUUAUAAAACACAGUAUUUCAUCAGACAUUGAACACUCAAAUGAAACAUAUUUGAGACGAAAAUCUGGAUUUUUAAUCGAAAUCAGUCUCACUCUUACUUGUGCAUCUCUAAAUAAACACCCAUUUUUUCUUUUCCUGUUCAAAGAAAUUAACGAAAAUUAUCCUAAAUGCCUGCUAGACGAAAGAGGUCUAGUUAUAGGAUUUAGUGAAAAUUUCCCAUUUAUAUUAAAUUUACCCUCCAAAUCACUGAUAUAUAAAUCAAUAUUUGAUUUUAAUCUCCAAAUCGAAAGAAAAGGCUGCAUUAUCGAAAAUAGCCUUAAUGAAACACUUAAUAAAGAAAUUGAGAUUUUCCAAGAUAAUGAUUUUAUUAGAUUAUUUUUUGAUGGAAAAUCUUUUCCUUGUCAAUUUUAUAAAAAAAGAAACUGCAAUAAAUUUUUGAAUAUUUUGAUAAUUUUAAAAGAGAGAGAGAUUUAUUAGAGAGGGUUAAAACGGGGUUUAUUUCAGCCCCUGAUCCAAUCGAGCUUCAGCUUCACGCUCCUGUGGCGCUAAGCACUAAAGCCCCCUACCGCCCUUUUCUGUCGACGUCACGAUUUUUUUGUGACGUCGACAUCUUUAGGGGAGACUCACCUGCACCUGCUUGGACCAAAGCUUUCGGUAAAGAACUCUCUUAACCCCUGGUAGUGCUCAGAGUAUGAGGGAAUCGUCCAUAACCUCCUUCUGGAACUACCUCUGCCAUUUGCAGGCAGCAUAUUGCUCCUCCAGAAGUGUUCGAUUGGUGUUGCGCCGUCGGUCUUCUUGUCUUUGGGUUGAGGAGAAGCCCAGUCAGCCCAAGUCCACGCCCUUGCCACCCCGGAGAAUUGCCACCGCCACCCCGUGGUCCCUCAGGGCCACCUUUUUGUUUUUGGAGGUCCUAAGUUUUGAUUUUUUUUUCUGUUGCCAAUCGGAAUUGCUGCUGUAAUUGCCGAAGAUGGCAAUUAAUUUUAAAAGAAGAAAAUAAAGGAAAAGAGAUUUUGCAGAAUUUCGACACUUUUUUGUAUGAUAAAAGCUUGCAUUUGAAUUUUAUUUCUAAUAAUAAAAAUCAUGAUAAGGUCAGCUUUUUCGAUGAUGUAAAUCACAGCACAGAUAUAAAUGAAGAAAAAUCAAAAAUUUCUAAUGAGUUUAAUACUCAUUAUGCAGAAAAUGAUGCUAUCAAGAAACCUGCCAAUACUUCACUGUCUUGGUAUUUAUCAAAGCAUUCUGGCAAUGAUACUUAUUGGUGGAAACUUUAUAUUUCAAAAAUCAAAAGGCAAUUUUCUAUAUAUAAAUGAUUACUUUUUUUAUGUAUCAUAAUAUUAUUAGCUACUAGUGGCGCAAUCUUAGGUUAUGCUCUUUCAGAAACUAAUAAAGCGAAUAAUAUAAAUGCGCUGACAGAAACUGGGCUUAUUAUAGAUACAAUGAUUUCUAUAUCUGGCCACGCUGUAAGAAUGGAUAUUUCAACCUAUAAUAAUGCAACAGUUAUGACUAUAACACAAGGCUACGCAAAAAUUAAUAAUUUUACAAAUUCUCUUAAAUUAAUGACAAAGCAGAUGCUAACUGAACUCCCUUCUUGAGAUUAUUGCCCUUGGUUUACAUUUUAUAGAGAUGAAGAAAUUCCUAUGUGAAACACAAUAGGAAAAUAUAAAAUCGUCAUGAAAAAUUUUGUUGAUAUAAUACAAACUUAUGAAGACAUUGCGACUGAUUUUUUACAUAAGAUUUCUCACAAUGAAUCGUAUGAAGAUGACCUAAACUUUUUGAUAUUAAAUAGCAUGGGAAUUCUGGCACAUAAAACUGAUUACAUUUUAAACAUUUUGACUUCUUGUGAACAUUACCGAACUCAGCAAUUAACUGAUGCUAUUACAUGACUUGUUGCGACUGCUAACAUUAUUCUUGGCUUCUGCGCUUUUGUCCUGAUUUGCAUUAUUUUUAUUAUUUGCUAUAAUCUUAAGAAAUUUUAUUCUGAAAUUGCUCAAAAAAUUAAAAAUUCAUAUGGAGGUCUUCACAAUAAACUAAUAACAAGAUUGAGUGAUUUUUAUGGAUAUGAUUAUGAAAUCAUGAAAGAUUUGCCUAUAUCUUUGCAGACCAGUAAUUGAUUCGAAGAUGACUAUUUAAGACUUUUAUCAAAAAUUUCCAUUUAUUUUUUAAUUACAUUUGCAUUUUAUUUACUAUUUUAUUUUUACGCCUAUAGAAACGGAGAAGAUUAUUUACUUUCCCGACCUGAUGUAAUCGCUUUAUUAAUCAAGCGGCAAAUUUUUGGCAGAAUUAUUUCAUUUUGGGCAAGAGUCUAUGUAUUUCAAGACACAACUAUAAGCAUAUAUAACAAGUUAUCAGAUGACUAUUUCUUUUCUAACCCAGAGAAUGAGUACUGAAAACUUGCUGGGUUCUAUAAGGACUGAAAACUUCCAUUAUUGAGUAAUAACGUUCAAAAUUUUUUUUCAUCAGAACUCCGCACAAUGAUGUUUGAAAAGCUGGAUGUGACAGAUGCCUUUGCACAAUAUGGAGCUAGUGCAUGCCAAGACGAACAAAUUACGGAAAUGAAUUAUUUGUUUAACAGCGUGAGAAAUAUGAAAACAUAUUCUUCGAUAUUGGUGAGACUAGAUAACAUAAGAAAUGUCUUAAAUGUGGUUAACAAUCAAAUGCUUUUAAUGACUACUGAUUACUCUACGCAGCUUAUUCAAGAGAAUUUUGAAAUAUUCACAUGAUUGACUGUAGUUUAUGUGGUUUUUUCGUUAUUGAUUUAUUUUUUAUUUUAUCUGCCAAAUAUUUUUAAGGAAAUGAAGAGGCUUGAAGUAUUGAAGAAGUUUUGCAAACUGAUCUAA